AUAGGAGUGCGUUUGGAAGCGAUUUAAACUUGUUUUACGGCUAUUAAUAUUAUUGACUGCAUUUUAAAUGACUGUUUGAAUGAGAUUUUAGUUAUAAUUUGUAGGCUUUAAUUGAAUACACGUUUUGUUGACAAUCAAUAACUCAUUGAAUCAUUGAAUAAUCGAUUGAAUACUCUGUGGAUAGAGUGGUGUCUGCGAUGAGCCAUAACAACCAGAAGAACCGCUUCGAGACUGAGAACCAGAUCUUAAUGGCUCAGCAAUGGAUGGAUGGGCCGAUUGGGGGCAUCGCCGGCGCCCCUCCCGCCCGAUGGCAACGCAAACGCGCCGACACUUCGACCGCAAACACUCUGAACCACUCACUCAACGCUUCCCUACUUCUGAACACAGCCAACGAUAAUGCGCUCAAUAUGUCUAAUAAUGUGCUCAAUAUGUCGGCCAACAACAUAGCCGUCAAUACGUUGACCAAAACGCCGUCCAAUACGCCCAACAAGAGGGCCACUCCUAACAGAUCCACUCCUGGAUGCGCUCUCAAGACCACCAACAGUACCAAUAAGGCGAAGACACCGAAGACUCCGUGCAAUGGCGCCGACCGUUUCAUUCCCAACAGGAGUGCUAUGAACGCCGAUAUCAGCCAUUAUUUGAUUAUGAACUGCAAGGAGAAUGAGAACCAAACGAUUGAUGGCAACAAUCAAAGCACUGCUAACCAGACGGCCAUCAGUGAGAAUCUGGUCGGAGAUCUGUCUAACUUCCGGAUCAUGUGUUACCAGAAUAAGGCUCCGAUCGCUGCCGAAGGACAGGCGAACAGUUUGAAAGUGUUGUACAGUUCGUCGAAAUGCGGCUCUUCGUCGAAGAAGACCAGUCGUUAUAUCCCGACACAACCCGAACGCAUAUUAGACGCGCCCGACAUUAAGAAUGACUAUUAUCUGCAACUAAUCGAUUGGAACGCUUCCAAUAUCUUAGCGGUGGCUCUGAUGCGGGAAAUCUACUUAUGGAACGCAAACACCGGAGAUAUCACUAAUUUAUUGACAUUAGACGAAGAGCUGUACGUCUCGUCAGUCGCUUGGAUUGAAGACGGAAAUCAUUUGGCCGUCGGAACCAGUGAUGGAGACAUCCAGUUGUGGGACACCGACCACAUGAAGAGACUGCGAGUGAUGAGAGGCACCGCUGGACGAGUCGGAGCCAUGAGUUGGAACUCACAUAUCAUAAGCGGUGGAACCAAAACGGGUUUAAUUUAUAACAAUGACGUGCGAGUGGCCAACCAUUUGAUCUCAACACUCAAUGGACACAAUCAAGAAGUGUGUGGUUUAAAGUGGUCGCCGGGCGGACAGUAUUUGGCGAGCGGUGGCAACGAUAACACGAUUCAAAUCUGGAAUAAUUCUGUGACAACCAAUGCUGACAAUUGUAAACCGAUCCAUACGUUCACUGAACAUCAGGCGGCAGUCAAGGCGCUGGCGUGGUGUCCGUGGAGACCGAGUACUUUGGCCAGCGGUGGCGGCACUGCUGACCGCACUAUCCGUAUCUGGAACUGUCAAAAUGGCACCAAUUUAUAUACAGUGGACGCAAAAUCACAGGUUUCAUCGAUUUUGUGGUCAACUGACUAUAAAGAGUUAAUCUCAUCGCACGGGUAUUCAAACAAUGAGCUCAUCAUUUGGAAAUACCCGGGUUUGGCCAAAGUGGCAGAAUUGACCGGACAUACGGCCCGUGUGUUGGGUCUUGUGAUGAGUCCGGACGGCAGUACAGUGGCGUCGGUGGGAGCGGACGAAACCCUACGCUUUUGGGAGUGCUUUCAAAUCGACGCUCAGAAGAAGAAGAAAACUAAUUUUGUACCAAAGGAUAAACUCAUUGAUAAUGCCUUGCGUUCGACUAUUCGUUAACUUUUUUAUACAAUUAUUUUAUUUAUACUUUGAAAUCAUUUGACUUUUAAGUAUUUUUCUGAAAACUAAACGCAAAUCAUAUGAUUAUUUGUAUUUCACAUAUUUUUCUAUUCAUAAAUAAAUUUCAUUAAAAAUAAUUC